AUGGCGUCUUGGUGGCAUCCACAACAGCAACAACAACAACAACAACAGAUAGGUGAACCGUUUGAUUAUCCUCCUCCUCCUUCACAACCAAUGGUACCAUCACAAUUUUUUUAUGAUUCACAUAUGAUUAUGGUUGAAGGUGGAAAUAAUGAUGAAUAUAUAAUGCAUACAACAAACAAUGGAAAUAUGAAUGAUUCAAAUUCAAUCGAUUAUCAUCAUCGUCGAAAUUGGUUCAAUGGCAGUAAUAAUGAUGAUCGUAAAGCAAAAUCUCGUGUGGCAGCAAAGCAUCGUCGUAGUGCAGAAAAUAAAGAAUUUACUGAUUUAUCAAAAUUAUUACCAUUACAACAACAAAUAGCUGCACAACUUGAUAAAGCUUCUAUUAUUCGUUUAACAAUAAGUUAUUUACGUUUACACGAAUUUUUAUCACAUGGUGAUCCAGCUUGGCCAACUGAAAUAAAUGUACCAUCAAGAAAACAAGCAUUUAAAUUAUUUAAUGCUGAUGAAGCAUCACAAUUAUUACAAUCACUUGAUGGUUUUAUAUUUGCCUUAAGUUCUGAUGGUAGAAUAUUAUAUAUAUCAGAAUCUGUUUCAAGUAGUUUAGGUUUAUCAAUGGUUGAAAUGACAGGAAAUUUUAUAUUUAAUUAUUUACAUGAUGAUGAUAAAAAAGUUUUUGCUGAUACACUUGGUUUUGAACUAUUACCACCAUCAAGUCCAACAACAAGUUUAGCUAUUGAUUUAAUUAAUUCAGCUAAUAAUGAUUCUGAUCUUCUUGAUAUACCACCUGAUCAAUGUCCACGAAUGCAAGCACCUACGGAUAGUACUCGUUUUAAUAAAAAAUCUUUAUGUGUUCGAAUGCGGUCAAGUUUAACAAAACGAGCACCGAAUAUGAAAACACCUGGUUAUCGAUCAGUACAAAUCAUUGGUGAAUAUCGUUGGUUACAUCCUGAUCAUCGUCGUACAUCACACAAUGGUGAUCAUUUAUUAGGUUUUGUUGGUACAGCAAUAAUACCAAAUUUAAGUCCAUCACAAAAUGAAUUUCCUAUUCCUGAACAUCAAAAUGUUAUUCGACUUGAUGAAAAUUUACAUAUAACUCAUAUGGAUGAUAAAUUACAACGAACAUUAAAUUGGAAUUUAACAUAUGCAACAUCAUCGCUUUAUCUUUACGUACAUCCUGAUGAUUUAUCAUCAUUAGUAGCAGCUCAUCGAGAUUUACCAUCACGACAACAACUUGUUUUAAAUGUUGUUCGAUUACAAAUGAAUGUUAUUAUGCCAUCAUCACAACAUCAACGUAAAACAAAUGGUAAUAAUAAUAAUAAUAAUAAUGUUAUUAUAGAACAAAAAUGGAUUUGGUGUGAUUUACUUGCUACAAUGAUGCAAUCAAAAACAAAUGAUGAAAAUUUCGUUGUACUUGUUGUAGAAAUUAUUGGAGUGGAUGAUGGACAUGUUACACCAGUUAUUGAUGAAGAACUUGAAAAUGAAUAUGCUACUCGAAUUUCUUAUCGACCACAAGUAAGUCCAGCUGAUGUCGUUGAAUCUUCACCACCUACAGGUCCAUCUCGAGUUUCUAUUAAACAACAACGACAACAAUCUCCUUAUCCCAGUGAACAACAACAACAACAACAAACAUGUUUUUAUCCAUCACCACCACCACCUUCAUCAUUCUCUUCAUCUUCUCCACAUCAUCGUCAUCUACCAUCAACAUCAACACCAAGUCCAAGUCCAUCAUCUCCACAUUCACCAUUACCUACAAGUCGACCAUCAGUGAUUAUGACUAAAGGCAUGCAUCAUCCUUCUCAUCAUCAACAACAUUACCAUCCAUAUCGUCAUUAUGAUUGUAAUACAUUUGCACAACAACAGUAUUCAUUGCCAACAACAACAACAAAUGAACAAUGGUAUUAUCCAACGACAAAUAUUGGUGGAGAAAAUUUUCCUAUAUAUCACCAUUCACAUCAUCAUUCGAGUUAA